AUGUAUGUAGCACUCGGUCCAUUCCCGAGACGGCCGAUGAAAGGACCGAGGUUCGACAAUUUUCUUCAGCACACGCCCCAUGCGUGCCAUGUGCUUGUCUGGAAGACGCUUGGAGACAUCGCGUUAUAUUCGCGGCCUCUCACCGGCUUGAUCUCAAUCUUCAGUCUCUGCAAAGCUGGUGCGACAGCUAUGAUGAAAUCAUUUCUCAUCGCCCUUCUAGCCUUACGAUGGCCGACCGUUUCUAAAAGGGACGUUGCAGGGCCAGCCAGCAACAUUGCGCCGGUCUGCCGCCAGUACAAUGUUUUGUCCAAUGACACAUGCUUGGCCAUCUGCAGCAAGAGUAAAGUUACAUACGCGCAGCUCUUAUCCUGGAACCCCAGUUUGAAUCCGCAAUGCUCGUAUGUGUACGGAAGUCAGUGGCUAGACAGAGCUAACGACGUUCAAAGUAAUCUGAAUGCUCUCGAUGGUGGCCACCUCUGUAUCAGCAAUCCCGUUGCAAACGGUAGCUAUAUUAUCUCUUCCAACACCUUGGUUCCUUCCCCAACAUUGGCGGGUACGGCGUCUACUUGUGCACAAUACUACAAGAUCCUAGCUGGUGACACUUGCGCUGCCGUUACGCUAGAAUUUGAUAUUACCCUGAAAGACUUUCUUUUCCUGAACACCGACCUCCGGACAAACUGCACCAACUUACAAAAGGAUGUAUAUUACUGCGUCAAGCCAGUCGGGUACAUCUCCACGUAUCCGGGAUAUGGCGCGCCAGCGACCAAGCCUUUUAUCCAGACACCCGCGACGGCGAUCCCCUAUGCGGGCAAACCGUUUGAAAAUUUGACUUCCAGCGCCGAGGUGAUUCCUCUUGCGAAUAAGACUCUUCAGAACCUGACGGACAAUCUCGCAGCGGAUUGUUGGAACUUGGCAUUUGCUUAUGGUGUCACACCGGAGGAACUAAUCUUAUGGAACCCGUCACUUGGAAAAGUUAACAAAACUACAACAAGCGCCACAGCCUCAGCAUUGGCAGUCCAAGUCGCGUCAAUCAAUCCUUUUGCGACAAGCACUACGACUGCGGACUACAACUAUCCUUGCACUGUAGCGGCUAAUAGCUCGUAUUGUGUGGCAUUAGUAUCACCUACAGCUGGUGAGUUUUCUUGCCUCAGACCUGAACACUUUCUCGUUACUGAUAUAUUGUUUUCCAUAGUUCCAACAGGAUCCACGGUUCCUCCGAGUCCACGCGCGGCUGGAGAAGCUGCCGACUGUAAAUCCUGGGUCGCCGCCAGAAAAUUCUCUUCCUGCGAGUGGUUCUGCAAUCUCUAUCAUCUAACACAUGAAGAAUUUUACGCCCUAAAUCCUUCCGUUGGAAAAGAGUGUGCAAAACUUAUACUGGGUACAUAUUACUGUGUCUCAAACCCCCAGUACCCGCCGGAGGAUGACGAAGACGAUACUACCAUAUCGGUUACGGCAACGAGCACUGGAAGCAAUGUUGUCACGCCAUCCCCAAUACAGACAGGCAUCUCCUCCUCAUGCACCCGAUUCUACAAGGUCCAACAGGGUGAUAGUUGCUACGACAUCGCCAACAGCAACAAUGUUCCGCUAUCCUCCUUCUAUGCCUGGAAUCCAGCUGUACGCGCAGAUUGUACUGGCCUUCAAGCCGAUGUGUAUGUCUGUAUUGGCGCUUCAACGGGUACUGUCUCGCCCACUUUUACCAGCACUGUGCCUAAAGGCGGCAUUACGACGCCAACUCCCACCCAAGACGGGAUGACAAGCCAUUGUGAUGGAUUCUACAAAGUCCAACCAGGAGACGGAUGCUGGAAGAUCGCUAACGAUGCCAAAAUCGAACUGAGUCAGUUCUACUCAUGGAACCCUGCCGUGGGAUCUGGCUGCUCAGCGCUGCAGCCAGGCUACUAUGUCUGUAUCAGCGCUCAGUCAAGCCAAACAACGACUCCUACGACGCCUGCCACCGCUGCUGCUACACCAACACCUAUACAAGAAGGUAUGGUCAAAGGCUGCAAGAUUUUCUAUAAGGUACAAACAGGAGAUGGAUGCUAUGAUAUUGCCCACGACAAAGGUAUUACCGUUGAGAACUUCUAUCUAUGGAAUCCUGCUGUCAGGACAGAUUGCUCUGGUCUGCAAGCAAAUGUCUUUGUAUGUGUAGGCACAUAG